UCGUUUGGCCUCACGGUCCCGCCCAAGGUGACGCUGCCGGUCAAGACCAACGGCAAGGAAGGCAAGCGCAAGCGCGAAGACAAGUACAGCAAGAGCGGCCACGCGUUCAGCGCCGAAAACCCGUACGGGAAGCGCGCCAAGGACGACAAGCGCCAGUUUGCCCAUUAG